UAACACGAUCAUUUAGGAGAGCUUAAAUUUUGACAGUCAGUUGCUGUUGGUACGCUCUAGCGUGCGGUUUACGAACAUAAAAGUGAAGGCAAAAAAUAAUAAAAAACGACGUUUAGACGAAAUAGAAACAAAAAAACGGUUAAAAUUUUUAAAUAUUAAAAAAAGAAAUAAAACAAAAAUUAAGUGAAUUUGAAAAUUAUUAGAAAAUAAUAAAGAAAAACCCAAGAAAUUGAAUAUGUUUUGCUAAAAAUUAAAGAAAAAAAGAAAAUCUUUUUGAAUUUUUAAAACAAAAUAUUAUAAAUCAUCUAAACGAACCUGUAUUAUUAACUACUUUGGAUUAUAAUUUGCUUAUUUUUAACUCAAAAGCCUCAAGAUGACUUGUGGCAUAUCUUGCGUGGACAAGACAUUAAACAAAACAUUUUUUCAUUUGGGAGUUUUUAUAUCCAAACAUCCCGGAUAUUUUAUUAUAGUGCCAAUAUUAUUAACGCUUUUAUGUAUAACGGGCUAUCAACAACUAAAAUACCAAAUUGAUCCAGAAUAUUUAUUUUCACCCAUCAAUGGAGAGGGUAAGGCUGAAAGAGCAAUAGUUGAACAGUAUUUUAAAGUCAACUAUACGCAUCGUUUUAAUGUGGGUCGCAUAACAAGGCCAGGACGUUUUGGUCGGGUUAUUGUCAUACCCAAAGAUGGCAACGACAACAUGAUUAGAAGAGAAAUAUUCCAAGAGUUAAGACAAUUGGACAACAUCAUACAAAAUGCCACCGUCACCUAUGAGGGUGAGACCUUCACUUACAAGGACACUUGUGCCCGCUGGGAAAAUGAAUGUUUCGAAAAUGACAUCUUGAAUUUAGACUAUAUAAUGGAUGAUAUUGAAUCCGGCGAAUUGAAUUUAACAUUUCCCUUAAUGUUUAAUCCCGUCACCUGGGAUGCCCAUGCAUUUCCCGUUUUCUUUGGUGGCACCAAAUUAACCGAGGAUAAUUAUAUUGUCAGUGUGCCAGCCAUACAAUUGGUGUAUUUUGUAACGGCCGACACUAAACGGCAAGAUGCUAAAGGUGCCGAAUGGGAAGAAACCUUUUUAAGUGUGGUUGGCCAGGCUGAAACCAAUGGCUUUUUCAAACACAUCUCCGUAGCCUAUUUUGCCUCAAGAACUUUGGAUCAUGAACUGGAAAAGAAUACACAAACUGUGGUGCCCUAUUUUAGUUCGACUUUCAUAUUGAUGGCCUUGUUUAGUGUCAUUACUUGCAUGAUGGGCGAUUCGGUGCGUUCGAAACCCUGGCUGGGUUUAAUGGGCAAUAUAUCGGCUGUUAUGGCCACUUGUGCGGCCUUUGGUUUGGCCAUGUAUAUGGGCAUUGAGUUUAUUGGCAUUAAUUUGGCGGCUCCUUUUCUAAUGAUUGGUAUUGGCAUUGAUGACACCUUUGUCAUGCUGGCUGCUUGGCGUCGCACCUCUUUGAAACAAUCCGUGGCCGAACGUAUGGGACACACCAUGUCGGAGGCUGCUGUUUCCAUCACAAUAACCUCGCUCACCGACUUGAUAUCGUUUUGGAUUGGUGUCAUUAGUCCCUUCCGCUCAGUGCAGAUUUUCUGUAAAUAUUCCGUCAUUGCUGUGGGCUUUACAUUUUUGUGGCACAUUACCUUCUUUGCCGCCUGUAUGGCGAUAUCGGGUUUUAGAGAGCAUCAGAAUCGUCAUGCUUUGUUUGGCUGCAAAGUGCAGUGUCUGUCGGUGGCUAUUAAGGAGAAACGUAAUAUACUUUACCGUUCAUUAAUGUCGGGUGGCAUUAAUCGUGAGGAUCCCGACAAUCCCGUUGAUAAUAAAGAUCAUAUUUUGAUGAAAUUUUUCCGCAACAAAAUGUCCGCUGUUAUCAAUAAUAAAUGGUGUAAAAUUAUGAUUAUUUUGAUAUUUGGCGCCUAUUUGGCGGGAGCUUGUUAUGGCAUUACCCAGAUUAAGGAGGGUUUAGAGCGCCGCAAACUGUCCAGAUCUGAUUCGUAUUCCGUGGAGUUCUUUGAUCGUGAAGAUGAAUAUUAUCGUGAAUUCCCCUAUAGAAUGCAGGUGAUUAUUACUGGUAAUCUGAACUAUUCCGAUCCCAUGAUUCAAGAUCAAAUUGAAGAAUUGACUAGAAAUUUGGAAAAUACCUCGUAUGUUACCUCCUCCUUGUAUACCGAGUCCUGGUUGCGUUCGUUUGUGUCUUUUGUGGAUCGUAAUAAUGAAUAUUUGAAUCUGACUUUGGAUACAGAACAGGAGUUCAUAGAUGCCGUUAAGGAGCAUUGGUUAUUCCCCGGCAAUCCGUUUUCUUUGGAUGUCAAGUUCAAUGAGAAUGAUACCAAAAUUAUUGCCUCCCGAUUACUUAUACAAGCCGUCAAUAUCACGGAUACCAAUCAUGAAAAGGAAAUGGUUCGUGAUUUAAGACAGAUAUGCAAGGAUUCUCCUUUGAAUGCCACCAUAUUCCAUCCCUACUUUGUGUUCUUCGAUCAAUUUGAGCUGGUGCGUCCCACUUCGUUGCAGGCCAUGGUUAUUGGUGCCAUUAUUAUGAUGAUAAUAUCGUUUGUGUUUAUACCCAAUAUUUUGUGCUCCCUGUGGGUGGCGUUUUCGGUGAUCUCCAUAGAAUUGGGCGUGGCUGGUUAUAUGGCAUUGUGGGAUGUCAAUUUGGACUCAAUUUCCAUGAUUAAUCUCAUCAUGUGCAUAGGUUUCUCGGUGGACUUUACUGCUCAUAUCUGCUAUACUUAUAUGUCCUCGAAAAAGAAGAGUCCCAAGGCCAGAGUACGUGAGUCUUUCCAUUCCUUAGGCUUGCCUAUUUUACAAGGUUCCAGCUCUACCAUUUUGGGUAUAGUGGCUUUACUUUUGGCUCAAAGUUAUAUAUUCCUGGUGUUCUUUAAAAUGGUUUUCUUGGUGAUAUUCUUUGGAGCCAUGCAUGGCUUGUUUUUGUUGCCGGUAUUGCUAUCGCUUUUCGGCCCUGGCUCUUGGCAAACUUGGACUGGUCGCGAUAGCGGCAGCGAAGAGGAAAUCGAUGAUUUGGAUAGUAAACUGAAAGUGGCUAAAAUGGAUAAAAACUUUAUCAAUGCCUUCUAUAUGCCCUAUACAUCCACGGCCAUGGGUGGUGUAAAUGGUUUUGGUGCUAAAGGCUUCCUGGGAGCUCCCUACAAAGCCUAUGGUGAUGAAAAAGAUCUGGGCAUAGGCACUUCGGGCGAAGACUCCUCAGAAAGCAGUUCCUCUCGCUCACAAAGACGCCAAGCUUUGGAGGAUGAAACCACCCAGCGUAGAUAUGAAGAAGGCUGGCGUAAAUCCUCAUACAAUGAUCUCUUUGCCAACAACUCACAAUCCCAAUUCCAGCCCCAUCCAGCUUUAUACAAUCAAAAGGUUUCAGCCCAUGAAUGGAGAUCACGGCUGGAUGAACAUCAAGAACGUAAACUAUCUACACCAAGAGAACGUUUUGCCUAUGAUAACUAUGGUGCUGAUUUGCAAAGACGCCAAACUGAAUUUGUAGAUGAAGUAGGGCAACGAGUAACACCCACUUCCUCGUUGGAUGAACGUUCCAGACGUAAAUACAGAACGCCUGUGCAGCAGCUGCAGCCACACAAUGCCAGCGGCAGUGGUGAUGAAACAAGCUAUCAUCAGCAUCAUAACGCUGGUCAGCCACUUGCCCCUACCUCGGCACCCAAACGUUAUCAACGUCGACGUUCCUCCGAGGACUCAACACGUCAUUAUCAACGUUGGCCCGCGUCCAACAUAGAAGAACGCUAUAUGCGUCGCCAUUCUCCUUCCAGACAACAAAAUGCCACCGCCUCCACCCACGAAGACGGUGACUAUCCCACGUCCUACAACUAUAGACCUCAACCACCCAGACGAUCGUCUUCACAUCACAAUCUCUGCUAUCCUAACCAAACGCAACAACAGCAAAUCACACAAAAACAUCCACCCACAUAUCAGUUUGGUGGUCCCUACUAUCAUCACUGAUACUAAGCUCUCUAUUAGCUAAAAGAGAGCACGAGAAAUUUAGAGGAAUUAUGAAAUGAAAAUCCAUUUUGUUUUUCUUAUUCAUU